GCUGUCAAAUCACGUCAAUGGUGUCAAAACAAAUUACAUAUUGUUGUUAUAUUUCAUAUAUAUAGAAAAAUCUAGACUUAUUAUUUAAUAUUUUUUUUAUUAUUCCUGUGAAGUAUAAUUAUGGUACUAAUAUGAAUUUCGUUCAAAGUGUUAUCGACCGUCAGAUGGGAAUUUAUUGCCGUCUGAAUUAUGACAGUGUUCUAAAACGACUGGUAGUGGGUAGCGAGGAGUCAUUUUAUGGUCUAAACAAUGCACAUGUUGCAAUCGGCUUCGAUCAGGAUCCACCGAUAUUCGCGUGCCGGUUUUCUGAAGCUUCUGGCUACGAACACAUUCUAGCCCUUGCCAACGAAGAUGGGAGAGUUGCUAUUCAGGAUACAUCAAAUCCAUGUGCGGCUAGUGGUAUGGAGAGCUUCCAGUGCCACAACAACGCUGUGUUCGACCUGGCGUGGAAGCCAGGCUACAUGAACUUUGUUACAGUUUCAGGUGAUCAUACAGCAAGCCUUUGGGAUAUCUCAGACGGCACCCCAAAGAGUAUACAGACUUUUUCGAGCCAUACAAGAUCAGUUAAAACUGCAGUGUUCCGUCCUAUGGAACCUUCAGUGUUUGCCACUGGUGCUAGGGACGGGCAUAUACUCAUUUGGGAUAUUAGGACCACCAGUCAACCCUCCGUCGUGCUCAAGCCUGACAACUGUUUAUUGAAUUGCCAUUCUAGCUUCACUCCUAAAACUCCAGGCUCUCAUAGCAAGAGGCCACGCUUCGACCAGCACAGAGCUAUCAGCAUCACAGGCCUCGUCUUCCAGAACGAUUUAACAUUAAUUUCUUGCGGGGAGUGCGACGGGAACAUUAAAGUGUGGGAUCUGCGCAAAAACUACAACAUUUACAAGAGAGAACCGCUGCCUAAACACUCGAUACCCUAUUGCGGCAGCUCCACCAAAAAUGGCUACACGAACCUCAUAAUAGACGACGCCCAGACGAGGCUCUACGCCAGCUGCAUGGACAACGUCAUAUACUGUUUCAACAUAUCCACAUACAAUGCCAUGCCGGAGCAAAGGUACAUCGGGCACGAGAACAGCACUUUCUACAUCAAAACAAGCCUCAGUCCCGACUGCAUGUACUUGGUGAGCGGCAGCAGCGACAAGAACGCGUAUAUAUGGAACGUCAAGUACUCGGAGCCGGUGGUGAAGCUGGUCGGCCACUGGGCCGAGGUGACGUGCGCGGCGUGGUGCCGGCGCGGCGACGUGAAGCUGGUCACCUGCAGCGACGACGCGCACCACAAGAUAUGGAGGAUCGGCCGCGAGGCGCCCGACGGCGACCGCGAGCUGAGCGGCCGCGCGGAGGUCGCCCCGCGCGCCGACCGCACGAGCCUGCCGCAGUGGGGCGCCCGCGACCACACGCCCAGUUCCAUGAAACGUAAAUUGAACACUACGCCCAGUUCGUACAGCGCGAAGCGUUCGCGGUCAUACACCUUGUCUGCCAGGAAAACUAAGCGAUGUCUCACAGACCUGAUGAACUCUACUAGGGAUCUCGAGGAGCUCGAGGUGGUCGUAAAAAAGUUUAAACUGGACGCGCCGACUAAUCCCGAGGAGGAAGUGAAGUUGUUGCCGGCAGGAAUCAAGCGUCACCACGACAGUACUCAGUGUACGAGCCCGGUUAAGAAACGUGCCGUAGACCGGGAGCCACAUUGCUCUGUGUCGAGUGACUGGAGCUACACCACGCCCUUGCCGGGCACCUCGUUCAUGACGCCCACGAAGAAUUACGAGAAGAAAUCCUGUAAAAUUCUAUCACCUAAGAGUCCAAAGAUAAUGUCGCCCAACAAUAUUCACAGGUCGCCCGUCAAGGUGUCACCGAGCAAGGUUAGAAUUAUUACAUUCACCACGCCCACAAAGAAUCUACCUAAUUUCGUGUUGGACGGAGAAGCGCCACAUUUGAGGCUGAUGUCGCCGGUAAAGAAGAAACAAGAGACGACAGAUUGGCUGACACUCAUGGGCCGGGAGAAGAGGGGGAAAAAUUCAGAGCCGGAAAAAGUGAACGCCGACUCGCCGCUCAGCCCGAAGGAAAACAGUCUAGCGCGGCGCAAUACCUCCUUGGAGAAAACUCCGAAAUUUAAAAGUAAAACAUUAUUGAAAUAUUUUAGUGUAGCGACUAAGGAUAAGGGACAUAAUAAGUUUUAAAUUAAUUUUAUCCCCUAAGUACAAAGUGGACUGAUUCUCAAAUCCUAAUUUCAUUUAUGCAUUUAUUUUUAGUGUGAACGAUAAUUGGAUUAUGUGCAAGUGCAGUCUCGUGUUUCAUGUCUUUUGAACGGCAGAUAUGUACAAUGGUUAAAUAUUUUUUUAGAAAAUGCCCUUUCUAAGUGUUAAGAUGGCAUCGAAAAGGAUAAGAGCGACUGAUCAGUUUGAUCCCUCGGCAUUCUCUAAUUAAAUAUACCGUUUACUAUUGUAAUGAUAUUUAACUUUGUGAUAAGAUCAUUUUUUCAGAUUUGAAUUUUGUUUAUACAACUAUUAAUACAGGACAGAAUAUGACCAAAUAUUAAAAAAAAAAUUGGUAGUUCCAUGGAAAAUAAAAAGAGUACAUUUGUGCUAGUCUUUCAAUCAUAUUUGCUUACUUGAUGGCAGACACCAUGUAGCCUAAUGAUACACCAUAUUAAAAUCCAUCGAGCUGUUUUAGAGUUUACAUUGUAUCAAACAUUAGUAUUCUUUACCAGUUGGGUAAAAAUUGUUUUCAAUUAAUACAAUUUGUGGUGGCCGUCAAGUUGAUAAGCUUACAGCUCAAGUAGUAAGUACUGUGGUCACAGAAAAUAGAGCCUUCUAAUACUCUGUUACGUCCAUGGCACUGGUCAUGUCUAUAUGCGACGGUGGCCAUUUUCCAUCAGGUGGCCCGUCAGCUUGUUUGCCAUUCUAAGUUGCGUAAAAAAAGCACGGGGCGAUUCUGAAGUCCCAUUUCUCUAAACCUACCUAAUAUUAAAAUUUCUAUUUUUCAAUCAGUGAAACCAUUAUUAUUAGGACCGAUAUGAACUAAUUUUCUGAACGAAAAUUAUAUGGAAUUAUUUAAGUAUGUAUUUGAAACUUAAAAUAUACAUUUAUAUAUUCACAUUAUUGUACAUAUGCAUAUCUGUAUAUGUAUUAAAAAAACAGUUUCGUGGCUCCAGUCAAACUGUUUAUAAUUACUCCUCUCCAUCCAAAGGUUGCCUGCAAGAGAUCGCUCUUAGCGAUAAGGCUGUCCAUUGUUUUGUCAGUGUAAUAUUUUCUUGUAAUUGUUUGUAUUUAUAAUAAGUUUACUAUUGUAAUCUUAUAGGGGAAACAAGAGUAUCUAUCUAAUUUUCUAAUAGAUUUAAGUAAAAUUUAUUAUAUAUAUAUAU